UUAAACGUUUGUUAAGACGUACAGUUUUAUCAAAAGUCCGACCUUUAUUAACUAAAACUCCGCCCAGAUGGGUUGAUUAUAGUCUAGAAAUUCGUAUGCGGCCAAUAUUUGUUGUCAGGCCACAUGCGAACUAUCAUCAAGAUAACGACGUGGCCAAUUCUGAAUUUUUGGCCACAUUCGAAUGUGGCGGAUUCCGCGUUUUUGGCCACAUUUGA